GGUGGUGCCGCUGUGAAGGCGUCAAGGGGUACCGCCGCGCACCAUGGCCCAGACCAAGACCAGUGUGCGGGGGGCGAGACUCAAGCACAACAACCCAUAAAACCACCCAAGAAGAAGAAGGCCUUUUCCUACCCCUGGUGACCUUAUCCUCCCUCUGGUGACCUUCCUCGCCGUGUUGGUGCCCGCCAUGAAGUGAAGUGAAGGUCAGCGAACUUAAAGGACCCGGAAAAGUUCUUCCGGCCCUGGUCACUCCGGCUCCCAGUGUUUCCGGCCCUGGGGCGAGAUUCAUCAUACCAUUUACCGGACCUCUGUCUGGCCCCAAGACAGUCAUGGCUAACAGGAACAAUGACAAGGACCAGCCGCCCCCCAACCCCUUCCUGCUCUCCUCCAGCUCCACCUUCCCCGUCCCUGCCCCGGCCUCAUCCCUCUUCACCCGCCCACCGGGGGCAGGGGAGGGUGCCGGUUUGGCCCCCCUGCCCUCCACCACCACCACCACCACCGCUGUCGCCACCACCGCUGGGCCAUUUGGUCUGGCCGCCACCACAGAGGUGCCUGCCAUGCCCUUCGCCUCCCGGCUGUACGCUGCGGCGGCCUCCACCUCCAGCAUCUUUGGCAACGCCCCGGUCAGGGCCGCCACCACUCCCGCCACCCUCUUUGGGAAUCCCAAGAGGAGCGUUGGGGCAGCGGCCGGCUCACUGCCAGCUGGGGAGGGUGAGGUGGUGGCUGACUUGGCCUCCCCGCCAGCCCCGGGCCCCUCUAUGGCCAGUGUGUUUGGCGGGGUGGCAGGCAGGCCCGGGGGAGGCUUUGGGGGUGCAGCAGCAAUGACAGCGGCCUCUAAGGUCUUGAGGGGUGGCGAGGCGGCCAGCACAGUGUUUGGCCGCAGGGCAGGGGCCGGGGCAGAGGGCCAGGCCUCCUCCUUUGGCCAGCUUGCUGCCCCGGCCACGUCAGUGCGAGCAGACCUGUUCAAGGAUGCCAGCACGCCUGGCCUGACUCCCUCGGCCAUGCGUGCCUUCCGGGGCCAGCCGGAGUGCAGCGUGCCCUCGACUGCGGCCAAGAAGUCAGUGGCCUUGCUGACAGGCAAAGCGUCCACGUCCUCCGGCUCCCCCAAGGGCAAGGCCAGGGCUGCCAGGGAGCUGUUGGCCAGCCCCGGCAGGGCCAGCAAGGGCCAGGGCAGGAAGGAGGGUGAGGGACCGUCCCCGGAGCACAGCAGGAAGGAGGUGACCAAGAUCCUGGUGACCAACAUCCCCGACAACUGCAUGAACCGGGACUUCCUGCGGAGCCACUUCUCCAAGUUUGGGGAGGUGAAGCGCCUGAUGCCCAACAGCCAGACCCGGCAGGCCACCGUCAUCUACACCACGCACCACGGCGCCUCACGGGCCAAGCACAAGGGCCGCAAGCUGCACCCCAUGCUGCCGGAGGUCAAGAUCUACUACGCCUUCCCGGCCCGGCGCCGCAGCGAGGAGGCUGGCCUUGAAGCAGCGCAGGCCAAGAAGAAGGCCAUUCGCACCCUGCAGCAGGUGCACCAGCCCUCUGACCUGGACCCCUACACGCCCCUGCAGCGCCCAGAUGCAGAGCCAGCCGCCACCGCCACCGCAGCUGCCACACCCAAGAAGGCCGCCAGAGCCCGGGUCAGCAGACCUUCCCAGCCCAAGGCCGGCACCCAGCGGUCCCGGGUGGCUGCGGUGCAGAAACUCCCCGUACCGGCGGCCCCCAAGAAGAAGGUCCGCAGCAAGUCCCCAGCGCGGGAGGCCAGAGAGGCGGCCACCGUGACGGCCGAUGAAGGCAACCUGGCAGCUGUGCUGGAGGUAGCGGCGCAGAACAACAACGACCGCUACAACAUCCUGAAGGCGCGGGACAAGCUGCUGCGGCGGGAGCGUCACCGCACCUCGGACCUGCAGGAGGCCUCCUACCUGGCCGCCACCUGCCCCGACAUGUGCCCUGAGCUAGAGCGCUACAUGAGAGAUGUGCAGAACGACCUCAGCACCACCUUCGAGACAAGCGGCGGCGUGCUGGACCACCGCCUCGUCACCAAAAAGUUCUCCCGCAGCAGCGCCGACAAGGAGCUGCCACUCCCCCAUGAGCUUCGGCCUGGCCCGGUGCUGCUGCGCACGCUGGACUUCCUGGUGUGCAACGUGAUCAGCCGCGUGGAGGAGAAUGGCAUGGAGGUGGACGUGUGGUACAACUACCUCUGGAAUCGCACCCGUGCCGUGCGCAACGACCUGAUGCAGCAGCAGCUCACCGACGCCAUGGCCGUGGCCAUCAUGGAGCGCUGCGUCCGCUUCCACAUCUAUGCCGCUGCCCGGCUCUGUGAGGAGCCGCCGGACCUCUUCGACGCCAAGAUGAACACAGAGCACCUCACCAAGAGCCUACAGACGCUGCGGGAGCUGUACCACGACCUGGGGGAGCAGGGCCAGCGCUUCCCCUCAGAGGCGGAGUUCAGGGCCUACGAGAUGUUGCUCAGCCUCAACGACGGCGAGGCCAUCGUCAACAAGUACUCAAAGUUCACGGAGGAGGUCCAGAAGUCCGGCCCAGUCCAGUUCGCCCUGAGGGUGAUCCAGGCCGUCACCUUCAACAACUACGUCAAGUUCUUCCGGCUGGUGCGCAGCGCGGCCACCUACCUCCAGGGCUGCCUGCUGCACCGCUACUUCCGCCAGGUGCGCUCCCGGGCCCUGGAGACCAUCAUCAGGGCCUACGUGUCCCCCAAGGGCCCCCAGACCAUCCCCCUCCAGACCCUCACCCACAUCCUAGGCUUUGAGAGCCAGACGGAGGCUGCGGCCUACCUGCAGUGCCACGGCAUCAGGACCACCGACGACACCACAGUCCUGGACCGGCACUCCUACGUGCAGCGGCCGGAGGAGGCGCCGCCGCUUGUGCGCCCGCUGCUGCUGGUGGAGAGGAACCGCCUGGCAUCCGUGGAGGAGGUGAUCCAGGGCGGCCCCGUGCCCCCCAACCCCCUGCACACCCACGUGCCCCACGACAGCUUUGACGCCCAGGGCCGCCUCAAGCCCGGGGCCAGGGACGCCACGGACCAGUCCGGCGGCCUGGCUGGUGUACCCCUGGGGCUGGGCCUGGCCCCGGUGGUGCAGCAGUCCGAGGCCAUGCAGAACUACGCCCUGGUGGCCCACAUGAAGGACAUCUACAGUGCGGUGGAGGGCGCGGUGCUGCCGCCAAUGGUGCGAGAGGUGAGCGUAGAGGUGGUGGAGGUGGCACGGCGCGACGCUGCGGCGCACAGUGUAGCCGCCGACCUGCUGGCUGAGGCCGUGUGGCAGGAGGCGGAGGCCGUGGGACGGGAGGCAUACAGCAGGGUGGAGCGCGAGGAGGCAGAGAGGAGGAGGAGGAAGUGGGAGGAGGAGGAGAGGCAGAGGAAGGCCCUGGAGGAGGUGAGGCGUGCUGUGGCCGAGGCGCUCCACAGCGAGUGCCUGGACCAGGCCGUGGCAGCCUGCGUGUGGGGUGUGUGCGAGGAGGCGGUGCAGGAGGCCACGGAGGAGGCGGCUCUGCAGGAGCUGGAGCAGGAGCUGCCGCGGCAGUGCCUGGAGGAGGUGGUGGCGGAGGAGGUGGCGGCCCUGGCCAGGGAGGCCAUGCAGGAGCUGGCGGCAGAGCAGCAGCGGCGGGUGGAGGCCUUCGCCCAGCGGCUGGCCCUCAGGAGCAUGGCCGAGCAUUUCCAGGUGUGGCGGCUGCAGACCCAGAAGGCCCACCGCCGCAAGCAGUCCCAGAUGACCUUCCCGGCGGCCUGCUCCGGCCUGUCCCUGGGCCAGCAGAGCCGCGCCCUGGGUUGGGGCCACGCCCGGGACCCACAGCUCAACAUGUCGGCCCUGCAGGUGGCCCAGCUGGAGGGGGAGGUUGGCCGCGUGCUCAGGAAGCUGACCGUCAAGAACCAGCUGGCGCGGGAGUGUGCCUGGCACCCCCUCGCCCUGCGGCACCAGGUGGCGGCCCUGGUGGCCCGGGAGCCCCCCGGCCGCCACAGCCUGCUGGCCCAGUACUUCAAGGUGCUGGUGUGCCCUAGCGAGGCGGUGCGGCCCGAGGUGAUGUUGUGGCUGCGCUCCAAGCUGGGGGGGCAGGGCGGGGGGCUGGACGCUGGCUGCGGGGCUGGCCAGGAGGCGGGCCAGGACAUCCUGCAGCCCCUCGACAGCUCCUUCAACUUCAUGUCGCGGCGUAGCGGCCUGGAGUACGCCUGGGCCAUGCGUGAGGUGGACGCCGCUGCCCUCAUGCCCGCUGAUCUGCAGGGUGCAGCACUGGUGUUGCUGGUGUCCUCCAGGGGGACUGCAGCGGGGGCCAGCCGGGGGAGGGUGAGGGGCUUGCUGCGGGAGGCGCCGCACGUGUCCCUCUGUGAAAUAAAGUUUGAGGGGGCUGGCGGGGGGGGUGACGAGGGGGGAGAAGGGGAGUGGCCUUUGGUGGAGGAAGACUUGGUGAAGCCCUGCACCUCGGACCGGCUGCAGGCGCUGCUGCUUGGGGCCUGGCAGCGGCAGGGUCGGGGGCUGUGCCUGGCGGCCUCGCGCCUCAACGACCUGGCCACCGACAUGGUGCUGCGGCGCUUCCUUGGGCCGGCACUGCGGCGGCAGGGCCAGUGCCUGGCCGAUGGCAAGGCCCCGCCACCACCAUAUGCCCUGGUGGACCUCUACAACAGUACCCUGGAUGGUCUGCUCCGGGCUGUGGCCGACGAUGAGCUGGCUGCCCUGUCCUGGCCACCGCCAGAGCUGGCCCACCUGGCACAGGUCCCUCCGCCCACCUGGAACAGCGAGGACAUGCAGCGAGCGGCACGGCUUCUGGGCAACAUGCGGCUCCCACAGCCCCGGGUGGCCGGCCCCCCCACCACCUGGGCCGGCCUGGCGCAGGACCUGCACCGCUAUGCCGCGGCCGUCUCCAGCGGCGGUGGGGAGGCGCCCGUCCUAGCCUCCCACAUGGAUGCCAUUCUCGCCGAGGCCUGGGAGAGCCUCGGGCCAUGCCUGUGUCCUGAGGAGGAGGGGGAGAGCGAGGGCCUGGAGCUUGACCCCAUCCUGGCACCCUGGCCCCAGAUCAUCUACGCCUGCGCCUCCUACAAGCUCUCUGGGCUGCCGGAUGCCCAGGUGUACUACCAGCCCCACACCCUCGACAACUUCCUCGCCCCAGAGUCCUGGCUGGCCGCCUGCAGCGCCUCAGGUCCGCCCCUGGUGGUGGCGCUGUGGACGGAGCACGGGGGCACCCACGCCCACACCGGCACCUCCAGGAAGCGCAAGGCCCAGGGGGAGGAGGAGCAGGAAGCGGGGAAGGUGACCCGGGCCAGGACAGUGCACUCCCAGCUGCUGGAGGACAUCGCCACAGAGAGGCGCAAGUGUCAAGAGUUUGAGGAGAGCCUCAAGGGCAUGCUGGAGGUGGAGGAGGAGCUCAAGGUGCUCUUCAACACCAGCUACUGAAGGCUUGGCUAAUGUCUUCCUCCUGGCCAUCCUCCUCCUCCUUAUGCAUUUCCCUUCAUCAUUUUUUGUACACUUAUUUUUAAUUUAACAAUGUCCUACUCAUUUGCUGCAUAUAUUUGUGUUAAAUCUACCCUCUUCUUCCUCCUCCCCCUACCUCUCCUUCUCCUCCUUAAGGCUCCCUCCUCACCAGCCUUACCUUUAGCUUAGUGACAGGUUUUACUUGUAGACGCAUGCCAAGAAUCGUCAAAGUGUCAAGGGAAGGCUUCGCCAAGCCAGACCAUCUUGGCCCAUCACAUGUGGAGUUGUGGAAUAAAUCUGACCUUUAAA